UCUCACCUCACAGUGUCCCUGUCCUCCCUUUCACCUAAAAGCCCUAACAGUGUCGCGCCACUUUCUCUCUCCGGCCGUUGCUGUUCCUCCCCUCUGUUCCAUCUCCCAGUUGCUCCGCAGAUCUCCCCUUUAUAGGCCAAACAAUCCAUCCACCACCACCCCCGGCCCUCCUAAAAAUAGUAGCCCACACCUCCUCCCCGUUCCUGACGAAGCUCCUCAGAUCAAUGGACCUAUGAGACGACGAGCAACGGCAGUCACCAACCGACGACCACUCCAGCUAGCUGAGCAAGCUUCAGCUCCAGCUAGAGAUCCUGCUGGAAUCGCCUCGACCGCUCCGACGCGGCCGCCACGGAGAUCAGCCGGCACCGCCACCACCAAAGAUUGAUGGACCUGUCCCCGAACCCCGAGAGCCCGGGCGGCGGCGGGGCCGGUGGAUCGAGCAGCGGGGGGGCGUCCUCGUCGGCGGGCGGCGGCGGCGGCGCGCCGCAGACGCCGAGCCGGUACGAGGCGCAGAAGCGGCGGGACUGGAACACGUUCGGGCAGUACCUGCGGAACCACCGGCCGCCGCUGAGCCUGGCGCAGUGCAGCGGCGCGCACGUGCUGGAGUUCCUGCGGUACCUGGACCAGUUCGGCAAGACCAAGGUGCACACGGCGGCGUGCCCCUUCUUCGGGCACCCGAACCCGCCCGCGCCGUGCCCCUGCCCGCUGCGCCAGGCGUGGGGCAGCCUGGACGCGCUGGUGGGCCGCCUCCGCGCCGCCUUCGAGGAGAACGGCGGCCGGCCGGAGUCCAACCCCUUCGCGGCGCGCGCCGUCCGCCUCUACCUCCGCGAGGUCCGCGAGCACCAGGCACGCGCGCGCGGCGUCAGCUACGAGAAGAAGAAGCGCAAGAAGCCGCAGCCGCCGGCCGAUCACGCCGGCGGCAGCGGAGGCCACCCGCCGCCUCCGGCCCCGCCGCCCGCCGGCGCGGCGUGCUGAGGGACCACCCGCGCCACCAGUACGACGAGCGCACGCGCCCAAUUUGGUAUGCCGGACUGAGCAUAUUUUAUGUAGGUUUCGAUCGAUUUCCGUGUGCAUGCAUGCAUGGUUUACUGCCAUUUUGC